AUGGAUUAUUCAUCUACAUUAGAAUCAUCACCAUUAUCGACAGAUUUAAUCGAUAAUGGAAAUUUAUUUUGGUCCAAUUUCACCAAUUGGAAUCUAUCAUCAUCAACAACAACGGAAACAUUGUCAACAAAAAUCAUCAUCAUCAUCAUCAUCAUCGUAUGCAUCAUUCAAUCAUCAGAAUAAUAAUGAUAAUGAUUUUGUUGAAACAUUUUGGCAAGAUAUCUAUAAUGUAAAUACUAAUGCAAUCGAUGGCGGUGGUAUCGGUGGUGGUGGUGGUGAUAAAAUCAAUUCAAUUGAAUCACCAAUAUCAUUAACAAAUUUAGAUACAUGGAAAAUACCACAAUAUUAUUCAUUAUCAUAUCAAAUGAUUGGUACAAUAUUUCAGGGUAUCAUAUUCAUUGUCGGCGUAUUGGGCAAUGUAAUGGUCGUUAUUGUUGUAUUACGUAGCCGUUCAAUGCGUACACCAACAAAUUGUUAUCUAGUCAGUUUGGCCAUUGCCGAUACAAUGGUCUUAUUGGCAUCGGUACCAAAUGAAAUUAUAUCCUAUUAUCUAUUAGGUGAUCGUUGGAUUUGGGGCCCAUUUGGUUGUGCAUUAUUCAUAUUUCUACAAUAUUUAGGCAUCAAUGCAUCAUCAUUAUCUAUUGCUGCAUUCACUGUUGAACGUUACAUAGCGAUAUGUCAUCCAAUGUUGGCACAUAAACUAUGUACAGUACGUCGUGCAAAACGUAUUAUAAUGUAUGUUUGGAUGUUUGCAACAACAUAUUGUGCACCAUGGUUAUUUCUAACUAAAACUGAACGUAUAAAUUAUCUUUGGAUUAAUAAAGAAAUUUAUACAUGCAAAUUUAAAUUGAAUCGUGAAUUUUAUAAAGGAUAUUAUCUAACAGAUAUUGUUCUAUUCUACAUACUUCCAUUAUUAAUAUCAUGUAUAUUAUAUGCAUUGAUUGCACGUAUUCUAUAUCAUAGUAAUGAUAUGAUUGUUUCAACAACAACAACAACAACAACAAAAACCAGUACGACAACAUCAACAUCAUUGUCGGCAGCUCAUAAUCAACAGCAACAACAACAACAACCAUCCACACCUACACAACAACAAGAAUCACCAUCAAAUUCACAUCAUCAUCAUCAUCAUAAUCAAUUAACUAAUCACCAUCACCAUCAUGGUACAACGAUUGGUGCAAAUAGUAAAAAAAGUUCAUCAUCACAUGAUUCAUCUCGUGUACAAGUCGUUAAAAUGUUGGCCGUUGUGGUUGCUGUAUUUGCAACAUUAUGGCUACCAUAUCGUGCAUUGGUCGUAUAUAAUUCAUUUUCAUUUCCACCAUACAUGGAAUUAUGGUAUUUGAUGUUUGCCAAGACAAUGAUUUUUGUCAAUAGUGCAAUCAAUCCAAUCAUAUAUAGUGCUUGUAGUAUGAAAUUUCGUCGUGAAUUUAAACGUAUGUUAACUUGUGGCCAAAAAAAACGUCAUCGGUCAAAUAUUGGUGGUAAUUAUCGUUAUGGUGCUGGUACAGCAAGACAGGCUGCCAUUAAAUCUAGUGGUGGUGGUGGUGGUGGUGGUAUAUGUGGCACAAAUGAUUCAAUGACAUUCACAAUGGGGCCUGAUACGAAUCAACUAUCUAAUAAACCGAUAAAUAAAUGUCGCCGAACAUCAUCAUCAUCAUCACCAUCGCCAUCUAGUGGUGGUGAUCGUAACAACAAUGUUUAUAGAAAUGAUUUUAAAAUAAAAAAUUUAUCAAAAAAACAACAAUCAUCAACAAUUGUAACAAUUUGUGCAACACAACCAAUUACUGAUCAAUCAAAUAUUGAACAUAAUGAUGAUGAUGAUGAUGAUGAUAAUAAUGUUCCAACAAUUUUAAUUACAACAAAGAAUCAAUUUUAA